AUGAAAAACAAUAGAGUCUCAUUGUUUCAUGCAGCUAAACCGUCUGUAAUAAAUUCUAAUGAUAUGCUCACUCCAAAUGUAAUUCGAAAUCCUAGUCAUAAUGCAAAUGGAUGUCUGAAUCGUUUAACUCCAAAACAAUUGUUGUUGUUAAAGCUAACUACUAUUUUCCUACUCAUUGCUGGCGUGACGAUGCUUGCUAUAUUUACACCGGUCUACAUGCUUGUCAUUCAUCGAUUUAUUUCACAAUCAUCAUUUACUAAUAUGACUGCAUCGAUCUGUUCGACUACAACAUGUAUUGGCAAAGAAACACCUUAUCAUUCGUCCAUUGUUACCUCUGUUUAUCUGUUUGAUGGCAGUGUCAAUGAUUUAACAGGAUACGGAACUGCAACACUAUUAGGCUUGUCCGCACCAUGA